CAUGGCGGCCCCGCGGCUUGUGGACUCCGUGUCCCAUGGAGCGCUGCGGGGGGCCCGGCGCCCGGCCCGCGGCCCCGGCAGCUGGCGGCAGGGCGGCUAGUUCAAGUUGCCAUAGCGGCGAGGUUGCUCCUGAGAACAAAGAGGAAUGCUUAACCAUAAAUAGCUUCAAGAUACUGAUGGCAGAUUCAUCCAGCGAUUCAGACAACUUAUUUACGGGUCGGAUUGGAAGGCGGCCCUUGAGAGCAUCCCACAGCAGAGCUCAGAACUAUGGUGCUGAAGAAGUUACAGAGAAGAUCCAUACUUUAGCAAGCACUUUGCAGGAUACCAACAGAAAUCUAAGACACGUUGACCAUUUGCUAGGACAAUACAGAGAAUACAACAAGGAACAAACCAAAGCAAUAACAACUUUAAAAGAAACACUGGAGCAAUCUAUAAGUCAAUUGAGGAGCCAGCGACUAACACGAAACUCUGGAAUGAGAAGUGCGUCUCUCUCAAGCUUAUAUCCCAGUGACCUGGAUGGAGAAGGAACAUCAGGCAACCGCCACUUCCUUCCCACUUCUCCUCUCAGGGAUUAUGGAGACUCCCAGGGCAAUAAACACCGAAGGUCUAGAUCUGCAAGUGUUCGGUUUGUCAGUGAGGCAGAAAAUGUGGAGCAGCUGCAUUCUUUCCACCAGUCUCUUCGAGAUCUCAGCAGUGAACAAGUGCGCCUGGGAGAUGACAUCAGUCGCGAGCUUUCAAGAAGAAAUCGGACUGAUGCUGAAUUAAGAAAGACUCUAGAAGAAUUGUCUGAAAAGCUCACUGAGUCCCAAAGACAAGAAACGGUAUCAGAACGGGUAGAGAGAAGACUUCAGGAGAUAGAAGAAGAAAUGCGUGCUGAAAGACAGCUCGUAGAAAGGCGCCAGGACCAGCUGGGCCACAUGUCUCUUCAAUUACAGGAGGUUUUAAGGAAGCAAGAUGUUAAAGCAGAUGAAACAGAACUCAUGAGAAACAAACUUGUGAAAUAUGAAAGCGAAAAGCACCAGCUUGAGCAGGAAUUGGAGCAGUCCCGGAAAAAGUUGAGUGAAUCUGAAGGCAGUAGAGAAGCUCUUUUGCAUCAGAUUGAGGAUCUUCGUUCUCAGCUUUUGAGAGCAGAAGAAGACCGUGUAGAAUUGCAACAUCAAAUCUCAUAUGCUGCUAUGCGUCGCCAGAGCUAUCAGGAUGUACAAGAUGAUGACAGGAGAAUUAGAGCAGUAGCUGAAAGAUAUGAGAGAGAGAAGCAAGAUCUAGAGAAACAUAUUUUGGAACUUAAAGCAAAGCUGAAUCACAAUGCUGUAAUGUCAGAAGUAGAAGAACUGAAGAGAUGUAUAGAGCGUAAGGACAAAGAGAAAGCACAGCUUGUAAUGCACAUACAGGUGUUAACAUCUGACCUGGAAAACAGGGAGAAGCAGCAGGAGAAAAUGCUGGACCAGCUAAAGGAGAUAGAGAAUUGCUACAAGGCUUGUGAGAAUGGACGCAGACAAACUGAACUCCAGUCUGCUGAGUUAGCUCAACAGGUUGAAGAGAGUACCAAGGAAGCAGAACGGUAUCUCACUGAAUUCAAGCACUCAGAGGCACUCAGGCUGGAGAUUGAGAAAAAAAGAGAAGAUUUGAAGGUGAGAGCCCAGGAAACCAUCCGCCAAUGGAAACUGAAGUGUAAGAAGUUGGAUCGUGAGAUAGAAAAGCAAAAUCAAACUAUCAGUGAACUGAUGGACAAGAAUAGUCAGGCCCUUAAAGAAAAAGAUGAUCUUAAAAGUCAGCUUCUCUCAGCUAUAAACCAGAUAGAAAACCUACGGAAAGAGCUGAAUGAUGUGCUUACAAAGAGAGCCCAGCAGGAAGAACUUCUCCACUGUAAAGAGGUAAAACUGAAUGAAAUGGAGUCACACCAGGUAUCUCUUGAAGAAGAGAUCAAAGAAGUUCAAGGUACUGUAAAAAAAUUGGAGAAUGAGUUGAAAAAUCAAGUCUUUCUACAAAAUCAAAUGCAAGCUGAGAAGGAACACUUGAAGACAGAACUUGCAAGUAUUAACUUGUUUCAUAAAAAAGACCAAGAACGACUCCUGGAAAUGCAAGCAGAUGUAAAACAUUUAAGCACUGUACGUGUGGAACUAACAAACAGAAUUGCAGAAGAGGAGAAAGCCAAAAAGGAAUUACUUAAGAGCCUCUCAGACCUCCAGAAACAGCAGGAAUCUAGUCAUGAAGAGAUGAUUUCAGCUAACAGGCAGCUGAAGAUGGAAAGAGAAAUUCACCAACAGGAGUUGGCAGAUCUUAGAUCAGAAUUACAAAAUGUGAAAAUCAAACAUGAACAAAAUGUUCAAGAACUCACGAAACUCCUUAAACAAGAAAAAGAUGAUGCAGAGGCUCAAAUUAGAAUGCUAAAGAUGGAACUUUUAGAAGAGAAAAACAUAGUCAAGGCUCAGUGUCGACAACUGGAAAAAAUAAAAGUUGAGUGUGAUAAAUUGACAGAAGAAUUAACACAGAAUGAGGAAGAAAAUAUAAAACUAAAACGGAAAUGUGAGCUUGUAAAACAAGAACUGGAGGAAAAGGAAAAACAGAUCAGCAAUGAAGAAGAUCAUUUGAAAAAGAUGAGUGAGGCCAGACUGCAAUUUAAAGAUCAACUGCGUCAAUUAGAAAUGGAACAGCAAUCCAUUCUCUCCAUGAUAGGAAGUGAAAUUGAUGCUGCUUGUGAAAUCUUUUCUCGGGACUCCAUGGAGAAAUUAAAAGCAAUGUCCCUUACACCAACAGUACUGAACGAUCCUCAUCGCUGGUUAGCAGAAACAAAGACUAAGCUUCAGUGGCUGUGUGAGGAGGUAAAGGAAAGAGAAAGUAAGGAAAAAAAGCUGCGAUGCUACUUGCUGCAAAGCCGAGAACAGCUCAAGCACUUGACACAGAUAAAGGAGACUGAACAUCAGUCUCUCUUUAAACAGAUAAAAAGCCAGGAAAAGCUUUUGGAUGAAGUUCACAGAGAAAAAAGAGAGCUACUAGAGAAGACACACAGAAGAGAAGAAGAAAUGGGAGCUCUCCAGGAACGUAUUAUGGCCUUAGAAAUGAGUACCCGAGUAGCUUUAACCCACCUGGAGUCUGUGCCUGAGAAACUGAGCCUGUUAGAAGAUUGCAGAGAUACUGGAGAGUCACAUUGCCGAAAGGAGAUGAUUGAGGAGAGGUAUAUGAGAUAUAAAGACAUAGUGACUUCUUUGCAGCAGCAGCUGGAAGAUUCAAAGCAAAGAGUCAGGCAAGUCAAGGAUGUGAAAAUGGAUGCUGCAAUUUCUGAUGUAGAAGUGGCUGCUCACUCUUCUAGCUGGCGAACUCAAAACAGCUUUUUGUGCAGCUCACCGCUUUCAAGUUCAGGUUCACUUAGGAAAGGAAUGGUUCCUUUGGAUACAAGUGGCACCAAGGAAGAUUCUACUAAUGUUGCUGUUAGUGAAAUGAAGCUGCAAGCAGACGGAGGAAAACAGUAGAAUAUUGUAUGAAACCACACCAGUUUUCUUUGUGGUAAAUUCCAUUCCACUUUUUUUUUGGUUUUGAACAGUAGUAGUUCCAUCUGCUGCAGGAGUGGUGCACCCUUAAUGAUUCAACAAUUGCCAAACACUCAAAUGAAAGAGCAUCAAGAGUGAUUUUGAUGAACUCUUUUGAUAAUUUAGGUGACUUGCACACCAAAGGCUUUCUGAGAUUUUGCUAUUCUCUUGUAAUUUGUUUUACAGUCCUCUUAGAUUAAAUUUAUUGUAUUCCUGAAGUACUGUGAAUACCUGUGACAUUAAUCUUUGCUAUGAGCUUAUUUACCCCUAUA